UCAGAGAACCAGGACUCUAGAUGUCUAGAUUUCAAGAUGAAGACACUUGUACCCCGCAGGUCCUGCUAACCUGGAUGCUACUGCGCUGGGUAUCAUGGUGGCUGAGUUCUUCUCCAGAGUGCAGUGUAUCUACAGAGCCAGUCUGAAGAAGUAUUUCAACACCACCAUCUUCCUGCUCUCCUUUGCUGUGGGUUUCUACGUGCUGCUGAAGGCUCUGGGCGUGGACCUGCUGUGGACCCUGGAGAAAGCCCAGAAGGGCUGUGUGAGGGCUGAAUGGGUCCACAUGGACUCCACUCCCUUUGCCAGCCUCCUGCGCAACAUGGGCACCCUGUUUGGCCUGGGCCUGGGCGUGCACUCGCCCCUCUACACCGAGAGCAAGAAGAACAGCAGCACCCCCUUCAGGGCGGGAUGUAUCACUGUCUCCUUAUUGCUGCUACAGAUCUUGGAUGGCUUGAUGUUCCCCUCUAGGAACCAGGCAACGUUCUACGUGUUGUCCGUCAGUAAGUGUGCUGCUGCCCUAUUCAUCCCCACAGCUCUGGUUCGCGGAGGACCCUCCUGGAUCUUCCCAGGUUAAAGUGGGGCCGCUAAGCUGAAAUUUUCAUAACAAUCGUUCACUUUGUGAAAAAAGUGUAGAAAAAUGUACACUGAAGUAAUUUCAGUUGCUUUGGCAACACUAUUGUACAAACCAAGGACUAUGGUGGAAGUUGAGUGUAGUUGUCACCUGGAGGUGUGUAAAUCUGUUGGACUAUCAGAAACUGUUUUGAUUUGACAAAUGAAUUGGCUUGCUAAGCUCAUGAGCAGAGAGUGGGAAUGGGUAUGGGAAGCAAGAACACCUCAAGAGCUUGGGAAUAUAAGGCUCUAUCUGCAAAAAAAAUAUUCUGAGAUAAUUGGCUUUAAAGUUUUGAACCCUCAUUGGUUUGAAUGGUGUCAGCUAUUUUUUUUAAAUCUUGUAUUCUUUUGAACUUAACAACAUGAAUUGGGGUAUUUGGAGUACUAUAUAGGUAGAGAACAUUGAACAGAACAAGGGUAUGACAAUAACAAAAUGUUGACAAAAAUGCAGAUAGAAGCUCUAGACCUGUUUCUUCAAAUAGAUUGCUCUGUUUGUUCCUAAUUAAAUGUAAAUGUUACAUAAAGUAUAUGCAAUCCA